AUGGCUCCUAGCUUAACUGAGGAAGCACAAUUGCCUUCAUAUAAAUUCGAGGAUGCAGACGAUUCUGUAAUUGUACAUCUCUAUGCAAAUGGAGCAGUUGAGAUCAAAGAAGUCGACGUAAACUGUGAUUCUGAUGCUCUUGAAGUGAUGACACCAAGUGGCCAAAAGUGGAAAUUUCAAUUAUAUGCACAUAUCUACGCUGAUCAAGUCGAAAUUGACUAUAAAAUUAACGAUAGUAGAACUCAAACAACAAUUGAAUUUCGUUUACACAAACAACAAACAGAAAUCAAAUGGCCUCAACUUUGCAGUAGACAAACCGCUUCGGUAAUUCCAAAAGAAAACGAUGCAAAUAUUGCCACGACUAAUCCACAAAUCAAUUCGGUUAUCGAGCAAGAAGCACCAGAAGAAAUAUCAUUCAAAAAAAUACACAGUACUUUUAUCGAAACAAAUGAUGAUCGAAUCAUCUCACGACUGGACAUAAAACAAGUUUUCAAUUGCCAAGCGAAAUUUACUGAUACGAACUUUACAGUUAUUUUUCAAACAAACGAUGAAGAUUUUCUUCGUUCUCAUUCCAUCGAAUCUACAAAGCAAGUCAAACUAUUUGUUCGUGUUAAAGAACGAAUUAGACCUCAUCGAUGUACUUGUGUAGUCACCCCAAUAUGUAUUGAAAUCACCCUUAUCAAAGAUAACCCAUAUGGAAUGAAAUGGAAUCAACUCGAACCAAAUGAAUUCUCAGAAAAUCGCCCAUCGGUACAAUUAUCAUCAGUGCACUCACAUCCAUUAGGAUCAACAAAACCAACACUCACAGAUGAUAUCCACCGAGCUGCUAUUAUAUCAUCACCUCCGAUGAGAACAUCAGAGACGUAUCCAUCCAUUUCGACACUUUAUCGAAAAGAUCUUACAAGUUUGAGUAGCACGACGUCCACGAUCGGUUUUACUGGUAUAUUCAAUCCCGCGAAUUCGUGUUUUAUGAAUGCAGUCGUUCAAUGUCUAGCAAACACACGUGAAUUACGAGAUUACUUCUUGCAGGCAUACUAUUGUUUGGAAAUAAAUCGAUCAAAUCCACUUGGUAUGAAAGGUAUCAUGGCUGAAGAAUUUGCCAAUGUAUUGAAGAAACUAUGGAGUGGAGCGUACAAUUACAUUGACGCUAAUCAAUUGCGAGAGUAUGCUGGUAAACGACAUCAAGAAUUUGCUGGCAAUGGACAACAUGAUGCACAAGAAUACUUAACAGUUUUACUAGAUUCUCUUCAUGAGGAUCUUAAUCGGGUUAUAAACAAACCUCAAGUACCACCUGUUGAAGAUGAUAAUCGACCUGACCAUGAAGUUGCUGAUGAGGCUUGGCGUGGUUACUUAUCUCGUAACGAUUCGUUAAUUGUACAAUUAUUUACAGGUCAGUUCAAAUCAAAGACAAAAUGCCCACAGUGUAACAAGGAAUCAACUACAUUCGAUCCGUUCACGUCGCUCUCGGUACCGCUACCAAAACAAAUCGCUGUCGAUGCAGUCGUUAGUUUCCGAAGCGAAGAAAGAGCACCCAUCAAAUACCGCAUCACCAUGUCGUCAGAUGGUACUAUUGCAGAUUUGAAACGUUUGCUAUUCAGCAAAUGUGGUUUGGCAAUCGCUAAAAUGUUAGCUUAUAAAAUUCAAGAUAGUUCUUCUGUCGAGCAUCUUUCUAAUGAAAUGUAUGUACCAAGUGGUGGGUACUCAUGGAACAAUUCGGAUGUUAUAUAUAUAACCGAAAUUUUAACAAGUACAGAAUGUGAUGAUGAACCAAUCGUUACCUUAACAUUUUUCCAACGAGUCUUCAAACCAAUUGAGUACGUACUGCCAUGUGCCUAUUGUCAAGCCAUACCUAAUCCUCAUGCGACACCAAAGUAUUGCAAGAAUUGCUAUCAAGCGUCCUAUUGUGAUGAACAAUGUCUGAGACUUCACAAAAGUGAACAUGAACAUCGGUGUAAACAUAGCGCAUCGAACACUUAUGACGUUGUGGGCAUUCCCUUCGUUAUUUCUGUACCAAAAUCGAAAUUAACCUGCGAAUAUAUCUUCGAACAAAUCAGUCUCUAUGCUAAACGAUAUGUGGAUAUUUAUAUAGAACGAACAAAACAAACCCCACGAUCCAUUGAGAUCCAUACCGAUUUCGAGGACUAUGAAACGGUCAACGAUAACGACGAUGAUAGUUUCAGCGAUAUUGAAAAUGUUGACUGGCCAACAAUCAAAAGCACCCUGUCGUCAUCUGAUUCUUGGUCCAUUUGUCGUAUCGGCGAUUACUUUGUUAAAACAAAUAAAAACAAAAAUCGUCAUAAUCAAGAGAAAAAACGAAAGGAAAAACUGGCGAAAAACAUAUCAACCAUAGAAAAAGAAGAGGAAGAACCGAUGAUUGUUAGUGAUGACAGUGGUAGCCACAGUAGUACGGAUGAUUUUGAUAUGCUCGAUGAUAUAAUUGGUAAUCAACCUUUAUUUCGUUUAAUACCUCAGACGGUGAAUGUUUCUCAUAAUAACUCCCAAUCAAUUAUCGAACCGGGUGAAGAUGCAGAUUAUAUUUUACGUUGCUAUUCUACAUUUUCAAUUGACUGGUUCACGGACAAUAAAAUAGAUGCGCCUCUUCGUAUUACUUCACCGUUAAAUAGAAAUCGAAUCAAUGGUCUCGUGGAAGAUGAUAGUGUUUUCAAUUCAACUGGUGGAGAGCAAGAUAUAACUCUUCAACAAUGCUUGGAAUUGUUUAUCAAACCUGAAGUCUUAGGUCCGGAUGAUAAAUGGUAUUGUCCACGUUGUAAAGAACAUAUUCAAGCCGAAAAAUGUAUGUCGGUUUGGCGUUUACCACCAAUACUUAUUAUUCAUCUGAAACGAUUUAAAUACAAUCAAUAUUCAACAUCGUAUUACAUGUCGAGUACACGCGAAAAGAUCGAUACAACGGUGAAAUUUCCUAUUCAUAAUCUCGAUAUGACACCUUACUGUGCAUCCGUACCCGAAGAUAGUAGUGAUACCACUCAAUCUCGUUACGAUCUUUACGGAGUUGUGAAUCAUCGAGGUUCAGCAUGGUUCGGACACUACACAUCCCACGCUAGAUUGCUUGCGAAUAAUGAUCCAGCCAAGACUGAUAUAGGUUGGCGUCACUUCGAUGAUACACGUGUUUCUCCGUUAGCAAAUGUCAAAGAUCUUAUUCGAUCUGAUGCAUAUGUUUUACUCUAUCGACACCGUCAUCACACAGUUAAUUUUGCAGUCCAAGAACAAGUUCAACGUAUUUUAACAGAAUCCACAUUGGUGUAA